AUGUCCAUUGCAGUCUGGCCCGCUGUCUCGCCGGACGAGCUCAGGCUUAAAGCCGCGGCAACCCAGGAACGAGAGCUUGAAUGGAUCGUCGAAGAGACGCUGGAGAUUUGUCGCAACCUCAAGCAUAACCUGGACGACUGCUAUGCGCUCCUCGCGCCCAUUGAUCCCGGGAGCACGCUCGUCAUGAGCACGCCGCGCAACGAAAAGGUCAAGGGGACCCUCACCCGCGUGGGCACCCGCAUCGUCAAGGGCUCCCUCCACCUUCAACUCCGAACCAUGGCCGCGCAUACGCUCUCGCUCUCCCACUCCGACGCCAUCCACAUUCACGCCCUCGACUCACUCCACACCCAUCUCACACAAGCCAUCGACCUCCUCUCCAUUACCCUCUCCAAGCCCCAAGACCCGAGCUCCCUAGCCUCCACCCUUGCCCUCCUCGCCGACUCACUCACCGACUCCGCUGCCCUCCUCAAGGGCCCGCCGCUCACCGAGGCCGAUCCUGGCUGGCAAGCCGCGUCUUGUCCAGCCUACCACUUCCAGCCGGCUCCCGGCCCGAAUCUCAGCUUCUACAUUGGUCUCCAGGAGAGCUCCAUUGUCCUCUGGCUGCGAGCCCUCGAACCCGUUGACGCCCCGGUCCACUUCGGCACCAAGCUCGGUCUUGCCAUUGGCACAUUCCGCCGACUCGAACACGAUGAAAUGGAUACAAUCUUCAAGUACAAUACCAAGGGCAGCGACAGCGGAGAGUCAAGACCCCGCAGCGCAAGACACACCCCAGAACCCAGGACUACACCUCCACUCUUUGGUAACGGUAGGGAUAUUCAGGAAGUCUAUGUGAGGGAAAAGGUUCGGGUCGAGAGCGCGGACCCGAGUUUGAUUUCGUUGCAAUCAAAGCUUGGGUUCCUAAGUCACAUGCUCGGCCAGGCGAGGAGGAACUUGAGUGCCGUGAUGGGCGUAGACUCGGAAGACUGA